GUGUGUGUGUUACUUUUGGAUUACUUAUUCGGUGCAGUUGCAUGGAAUCGGGAUUGAUGAUUUUAUUACUGCCUGCUAGGAAAGGGUCUGAAUCGCUAACCAUCCGCUCAGUGAUUUGAAUGGAGGUUCGUCCUUGGGAAGAACUCCUUUCGCGAAGAUCAACCGCGCGGAGGUCAACCGGUACGACGGAAAGUGAGAGUGCACCUAACGGGAUUCGAAUGCGAAUCAAUCAGUGAGGGUGGUAGGAGCUCGCCAUACAAGCUUAAUCCCUACCACGAGUAGACAGCAGAAGCGACAGCAGCAUCCCGAAGACGACAUCGGUGCCGGCUAGUGAAAAGCACGAAAAUUGGUAUCUGGAGCAAACGAAAGCGAAAGUGCAAGUGCAAGUGGUUUGAGCGAACCAAUCCUGGAAGCUUCCACCUCCACGGGUGCUCUCCACAUUGGCUACAAACAUCGAAUCGCCGAGCCAGAGUGCUAUCAUCCACCUUUGAAAACGUCAAAUCACCGAAGAACCGCCCCGUACUCCCACCUUCGCCGGUUCUUCAGGGGUGGUGGCUGUGGUCUCGAUCAGCGAAGCAAACGCGCCAAACUUUGGAGCGCGGUUCAGUUCGAAUACUCUCUUUCCACAAAACCGCGCGUUCGCGCAAAACUCUCUAUUCUCCGACUAGUUCGGUUUCAGCUCGGGUGGCGAUCGCGUGCGCUGUGGUCAACACACACCCGAGAGGAUCGCGAAGAUCUGCAGUGCUAUCAAAAGCUUUCCGGAUGCGAACCGCGAAGCUUCUCCAUUCGCAAUCGUCGCCGCCGCUGCCGUUACGACUUCCUUGCUGAAGAAGAACUCGGUUGUCGUUGCCGUUGUCGUCGAGGCAGAAGACUCUCCCAAGCUAAACGAAAUCGAAAGUGAAUCUUCUCGGACCCGUUGGACCAGUGCUGGUGUUUUGUGUGUACAGAAAGGACUGUGGCCUGGAAUUUCGGCGAAGAACUUGUUUAGUGUUGCUAGAAGGGAUUUAUCGGAUGAUUCUAUUUUUAUUAAAGAAUAUGUUCAGUGUUGCUAAAUGAGCGCUGCUCCAUGACGCUGUGAUUUGUUCUACGGAUUGAGAACAAAGAAAGGAUCGCGCGCAGUAGUGGAAUAACAUUGUGACUACGGUGAAGUGUCUUUCGUGCUGGAGGAGGAACAAGAGCAGCACCAGAGGGUCCUAGCACCUUCAACAGGUCUGAGAAACCAUUUCUGAUUAUACGCUGUCGUUUUUGUAUUCGAUGUUGUGCCGCUUGAUUGCUAUUUUCAGUUCGUUAGUAGAAGUAGUGCUUAGUGUGUGAAACUGUUCCCGUAUUUUAAGUUCAGCAUUCUUGAGUUCGACCCCGCUUAUUGAUUUUAAUUAAACUUUUCAAAGAUCGUCCUUUGAAGAAACCGCUUUGAGCAACCGGAAACCCCGAACGCAGUCAAAGCCAUGAAGAUGCUGAAUUACUGUUCGGUGAAGUUCCGACUAAAAACUACAGAAUUGCCCGGGAAGACGUCCUGGUAGAGAUCGAGUGUGAUUGUUCCCAGUUGAAGUGCAAGCUCCCUGCCGCGUGGGUGGGAGCCAUAGAGUGUGAGUGCGAACAGUUAAGGACAUGCGAACCCGUCUGGCUUCGUUGAUUGUUGUGAAGCAGGAACCCCUUUCGGACGUAGCAGACGAUUACUACGGGAACGGUGGAAGUGAUGGUAGCAGUGUGCUGGUAGGACCGGAAACGGCAAGGGCGACUGUGCAUGGACUGAACUCGAACGGUUACGUUAACACCGGCUUUGAACAUCUCAACAACAGUAACUUUCAACAACCACAUCAUCAUCCCCAUCAGCUACAACAUGCUGAGUUUGGCGGUGUUUUCUAUGGACGUCAGCCGACGGCUAGUUAUGGCGCUCAAGGUGAUCUGAACAAUAACCAGCAGCAAAUCGGACAGGAUUUUCAGUUGUUUGACGAGAAAAAGUGUGCUCCACAGCUUCUGUCGCAAGUUGUAACGUCACCGAGUGCCGUUCCGUCGUCCCCGCCCGUGACGACGUCACCCAGGACGCCCGUGCCUGCGUCGCCGUCGGACGACAAGAGAAUACUGCCACUGGGCUCAGGUCUGCGAUCAGCGACUUCACAUUCUGCGAGUUCCAGCGGUUCGUUGCGAAAACUAGCCGGCAGUACUUCUGGAGGUGGUAGCGGAAGUGGCAGCAGUGGCAGUGGAAGCAGUGGGAGUAGUACCAGCAUGUUAUUGUUGCAACAUCAGGCCAGCUCUUUUAGUUCCGUUUCUUCAUUUGAUUAUUUACUAUCGCAACAACAAAACCACCCCGAACAACCGUACCAUCAGUUGGGUGCGUUUGGUUCUUCGCAGCAACAAUCUCAACAGCAGCACCAAGAAGCUGAGCAUCAGCAACUAUCUCCGGGGCUUUUACCGGCAUCGAGUCAUCAUCAAUUAGACAAGUUCGUAGAACUUUUCGGCGCAUCUCAGUCGCAGCCCGCCGAAGAAGUCAUCUCGUCCGAAUCCUAUCUGGACCAGACACAGCAUUCCAACAGUUCUAGCGAUACGUUAGUGGGACUCGAGGAAAAUCCAUCCACAUUCGGCGGUUCCAACGAUAGUAUUCCCACGGCCAUUCUGAAGGCUACCUAUAAGGAGGAAGCCCUCACUGAUCUACAAGACCCCUUCACCGCGGGCCCAUCUCGUGCACAAACCACCGACCCCGAUCAGGAUCUUCUUCUAGAGACGUCUUCAACCGAGGAGCUUGGACUCUUAACCCUACGUUCAAGUAGUGAUCCAGUUCUUGCAAGCAGCUCUCGCCAACCUCAACCACCUCAUUCCCAGUUACUCCAUCAACAAUCGCAACGAACCGGACCCAGGCCGAUCACUUCAACAGAAGUUCACAGCGGCAGUGCGGCGAGUUCGCUACUACCAAGCUUCCAGGAAACCUACCCAAUCAAGUACAAUCAACUGGCAAGCUUCGGCCUCAAAAUGGACGAAGAUUGCUUCAAAAUUGCUGUGUCGCCUCACCACCAAAGCGUAGGAUACGGGCAUCACAACUACGGUCAUCACACCGCCGUACACCAGACUCAUUACGAGUUUCCCCAGCACACUGCCGCUCCAUCUACCCAAUACAGCAAUCCAUCUCCCAGUGGUGGUUUCUAUCCUGCCCCGGCUUAUGAGCAGCAUGCAGCGAGCUACGGUGCCGUCACGCCGCAAGAUUCCUACUCCCUUCCGCCAUUCCCAACCAUCGCCGAACUGCAUGUAUCCACCACUUGCUACCGUAGAGCGUCGCUACCGCUACAACGCUCGGAGUCUACAUCAAGCAGUGAAAGUCCAAAGCCCCCGCGAGUCGGUAUUUACAAAUACUCUGCUCUUCCAAGUGCAUCCAGCUCAGCAUCAAGCUCACCUGGUUAUAUAAACAACAACAAUCCUAAUACGGUUAACAACAAUGAAGUAGCAGCUGCAGCAGCCGCCGCGGCAGCGGUUGCUGGCAGUACUACAUCCGCACCUCGAGGACCUACUCCUCAAAGCCCUUCGCAGCUAUGUGCCGUCUGCGGGGACACAGCCGCCUGUCAACACUACGGCGUUCGAACGUGUGAAGGAUGCAAAGGAUUCUUCAAGCGAACAGUACAAAAAGGCUCCAAAUACGUUUGCCUAGCAGACAAAGCCUGCCCCGUAGACAAGCGCCGAAGAAAUCGAUGUCAGUUUUGCCGAUUCCAAAAAUGUCUGGUCGUCGGUAUGGUCAAGGAAGUGGUCCGCACCGAUUCCCUUAAAGGACGACGGGGACGGCUACCAUCCAAGCCAAAAUCUCCACAGGAAUCACCUCCAUCGCCCCCGGUAUCGAUGAUCACCGCUCUGGUGCGAGCUCACGUCGACACCACUCCCGAUCUCGCCAGUCUCGACUACAGUCAGUACCGAGAGCCUGGUCAAAAUGAACCAAUCAUUUCCGAAGCGGAAAAGGUACAACAGUUUUACAACCUGCUGACGACGUCCGUCGAUGUGAUCAAGCAGUUCGCCGACAAGCUGCCCGGUUUCAGUGAUCUCAGCUCCGACGAUCAGGAGCUUCUAUUCCAGUCGGCCUCGCUGGAACUGUUCGUCCUCCGGUUAUCGUACCGAGCGCGAAUCGACGACACCAAGAUGACGUUCUGCAACGGGGUUGUUCUGCACAAACACCAGUGCCAGCGAUCGUUCGGCGAUUGGCUGAACGCGAUCCUUGAGUUCAGCAAGAGUUUACAUGCCAUGGAGAUCGACAUUUCGGCAUUCGCCUGUUUGUGUGCAUUGACCUUGGUGACAGAACGCUACGGUUUACGAGAACCCAAGAAGGUGGAACUGCUACAGAUGAAAAUCAUCAGCAGCCUGCGAGACCACGUGACGUACAACUCGGAAGCGCAGCGAAAGCCGCACUACUUCAACCGGCUGUUGGGCAAACUACCCGAAUUGCGAUCGCUCAGCGUCCAAGGACUGCAGCGGAUAUUCUACUUGAAGCUGGAGGAUCUGGUGCCGGCUCCGCCACUGAUCGAGAACAUGUUCCUCGCCAGUUUGCCGUUCUAAGGGAGCGAACCAGUUGAUUGCGAUGGGCGUGGCGCAGGAAACAGGAACAGACAGAGAUGUGAGACAAGACUUGACAGUAGUUGCUUUACCAAUGAAUGAAUGGUAAGUUACGCUGUUUUAUGCAGGUCGUUGCCACUGUGCAAUGCAGAUACCCGUACUUUACUUAAUUCUUAAGUUUGCGUGUUCAGUGUGCUCGGGAGUGUAAGAUCGCCACUUUAAAAAUAGAAAAAUAAUCUUCUCAAUGAAUGUUCAACCCACCAUCUUACACCGCUUGCUGCGAAUGGAUUUUGAUCGAAUGCAAUCCAAAAAAAAUCGUUUGCGGAAAAACUUAUGAAAAAAAAUAUUAUCAGUAUUUUUAACAAAGGUAAUUUAUCUGUUCUAGUGCCAGUUUUCCACAUAUGCGACAAGAAUUAAUAACUUUGACAACUUUAAUAACUUUGACAACUUAGUUCUAUAUUGUGUUUAGUUUAGUUGAUUGCAGCGUCGCCCACUAGAUCGAUUUCAGUUAGAGUUCGAUGGUUUUAUUCAGAACUCAUGAAAUUGUAGUAGGGACACGGCAGGUAUUUUCGUCUGUUCGCCAUAGUCUCGAAAACCAAUAGAAAAGACGCUUUUUUGUAAACAUCAUACGUACCAAAUCGUAAGCUCAGGAGAAACGUUCUGCUAUAGUGGAGUUCUAGCAAAUGUACGUUGCUUUCGUUGGUUUCAGCCCCUACGACGAUGGAUGGAAAUACCUGCCGUGUCCCUAUUUUUACAUUUGAUCAACUUUGCAACAUGUUUUAUCUUUUCGUACACAAACACAGCUGAGCCCAAGACGAAUGCACCGAGUUCAUCAUUGACGUUUGAGCGGUGCGCUAUUACUAAGUGCGCUGUACUAAGAAUGAAUACUUUUUCAUUCAUCGAGUUCAUUCAAGUGUUCAUUUUUAGUAAACAGCGCACCGCUCAAACGUCAUUGUGUUCAUUCGGUGCACUGGACCAAAAGAUAUUUUAGUUACUAGAUAAAGAUUGUCGCUGUCGUCGCUGUCCGGAACAUCUUUUGCUGGCGAGGAUAGGGGAGAUAAAUGUCAAAGAAGGAAAAUCCAUACGAUUUGACAGGUAUGUACCACACAUGUUUCGGACAGCAGAACAAAGGGAACAGAAGCGACAAUCUUUAUCUAGUAACUAAAAUAUCUUUUACUGGACCAUAGGAAGUACCGAAAUUCAUUCAAAAUGAACUCUGUGUAAGGAAUAAGGAUCAAUUUGGCACCUCCCAAACAUCAAUACCUUCGAUAAAAUUAAAUCGUUGUACCACCCCAUAGAAUAAAUACUUUGAUGAAUGCCUGAGCAGGUAUAUGGGAAAGUGCACCAAAUGAACUUAACGAAUGUUUUGAUGUUUAGGAGGUGCCGAAAAUCGUUUGAAAUAAACACAAUGUAUGGAAAUGUGCUUAUUUUUGCUCCGCUCAAACGUCAGUAAUGAACUCAUGCACAGCUCCAUGGUCCAAUGCACCGAAUGAACACAAUGACGUUUGAGUGGUGCGCUGUUUACUAAAAAUGAACACUUGAAUGAACUCAAUGAAAAAAAAGUAUUAAUUCUUAGUAAACAGCGCACCGCUCAAACGUCAAUGAUGAACUCGGUGCAUUGGACCAUUGACCGGUACCAAAACGAGUUCACUAGAACAAAAUCACGUUCACUCGAACAAAAGUUCAUUUUACGUACAUUAUUCGACUCGCUCAAACGUCAGAAAUUUUUCAGGGAGUUCAUUUUGCGUUGGUCUACGGGAGCACUAUAGACUAACGCAAAAUGAACUCCCCCAAGAAAUUAUGACGUUUGAGCGGGUCGCAUAAUGAACGCAAAAUGAACUUUUGUUUGAGAAGACGACCCGCUCAAAUGUCAAAAUCCAUUGGGUGAGUGAAUUUGAUGAACUCCUGCACAGGUCUAUCCAAAUAAACUUGAAGGAUUUGACAUUUGACCGAUGUCUGGAAAAUUUUCCUUACACCUGGGGCAAUGCACCGAAUGAACUUAACGAAGAUUUGGACGUUUGGGAGGUGCCGAAAUUCAUUUGAAGUAAGCUCAAUGUAAGCAAAAAGGUUUAUUUUGGCACUAAUCAAACCUCAAAACCAGAGUUCCUAUAUCAGGGUGAAAAAUUUGUUUUCAGUGCAAAACAUAAACAGACUCGGGAGUGAUGAACCUUAAAAAUCACUCUAAUAAAGCUUUAAAAAAAACAGACUCGGUGACUGUCCCAUAUUGUCGGCGUAGCACCAACUUAGAAUUCGGAAGUCGGGACUUUCUUCCGAAGUUUUAUCUGUCAAACUAAUUGAUGCGUUGUUUAGCGCAUCUUUAGGCGAAUUCAGCGCACUACUUCCGAAGUUGGGUAAGUUGCUUGUAUCUGAAGAAAAAUUCAACUUCGGUAUAAAAGGCGUUCUAACUUUAUUCCGGAUAGACAAUAAAAAAAUCCAAGAAGGCUGAUUCACGUUAUUGGUAUACUGCAACACCUCUCUUUUGACGUUUGGGACGUGACGAAAUUCAUUCGAAAUGAACAUGAUGCAUGGAAAUGUGUUCAAAAUUAUGACUUUUGAACGCAUAAUGAACUUUUGUCCGAGUGAAUACCCCGCUCAAAUGUCAAAAUCCAUUGGGUGAGUGAAUUUGGUGAACCCCUGCACGGGUCUAUUUUCAGUUCAUUUUACAGUGAACACAUCGUCUGAAAAAUUGCGAGGCAGAUAAAAUAUUUUGACACUUAUUAUCCAAAUAAGCCAUUGCAAAAGUAAAAAUGUAAUUGCCACGAAACACUUCUAGCACAUUUUCUUGUUCAUUUGUAACAGGAGUAUGUAUGAAACUUGUUUUUUGAGCUUUAUUAAAGUGAUUUUUCAGUGUUUGUAUAGAGUUUAUGGCGCUUUGCAAGAACAUUCUUUCAAUUACUUAUCUGAACUUUACAAAUAAGUUACAAAAUAUUUGUUAACAAUUACUGACAAAAUACGACAGUAAUAAGCGAAAUCAAUCCAUUCGUAACAAGGUUAAGAUUUAUUCACCUUUCGCCUAUGUAAUAAAAAGACAUAAAAAUACUCACUUCCCAAUCGACAAGUUACAAUACACCAUCUUUGCUUUUCGUCAAUUUUCCACGCGUAAAUCAGAUUCCGUCGUUUCCCAACAAUGCACUCAAACUAUCAAAUAGAUUAAGUCGUUGUCAAAUAAAUACAAAUCAAUAAUUUUAAGGAAAUUACUUAAGUUAUUGUACAUAGUAGUAUUAGGAUGUGAAAACCACAGAUCUUUGCUAGGUAAACUGUAUUUAUGAAUCAGAAUUAUAUGAGUUGAAAAGUUUUGUUCAAUAAAUAUAUAGAUGUAAACCCAUUAUGUUCAAUCGAUAUACAGAUCUGAUGAUAGAAGAAACGAUAGUGCUUAACCAAGAUAGUAAAGGAUGAGGCAACGAACCGUAACAAAAAAUAUAUGAGAGGAUUGAGAACUGGUAGUACAAAUUUACAAAUAAACAAAAACCAACAAAAUCAUUAACAAUUACUCCGAUGGAUAAUGCAAGGGAAGAGAAUGCAAACAGAUUAAUAAAUACUUUCAUGUAAUGUGAAGGAUACGAGGAUGAAAUUUUUAGGUUAAGUUGAAUAGACGUUCAAACAAUGUAUUUAGUUUCCUAAUUGUCGAUGUAAGAAACGUACUAAUAUAGUAAAAAAUGCACUUCCCCUGUACAUCAUUCGAAAUAUAAACUAGAUGAAGGAGAACA